GCUGGUGGUGAUGCCAUGGUUGGUCUCCAGCUGGGAGGCAUUAGAAUACCGGUUCUGCCUCUUGUUUGCUGGAUGUCACUCGCCCUCUCUCCUCAUCUGAAAAAUGGGUGGGGGGUAGAUCUUUUAUCCCGAAGGGCACUGUCAGGGCGCCCCCAGGGAUUGAGGUGGGGGCCCCGGACCCCACCCGCAAAGGUCCCAGCACCAAUGGGAAUCGAUGUACUGGCGUCGCGGUUGCGGUCGCCGUCUCCUCCCGCGCUUAGGUCGCUUAGCAACGAGGGACCGUCGUGAAGGAAACUGCGAACGCUGGGGGUCACAGGUGCACAAACUACGCCAGCUCCCUUUUGGGGGCGGUGGCCUGGGGGCUGCCAUGGCCCCCAGCCACCUGUCUGUGCGGGAGAUGAGGGAGGAUGAGAAAGCCCUGGUGCUGGAGAUGCUCAAGGCUGGCGUAAAGGACACGGAAAACCGUGUGGCCCUCCAUGCUCUGACACGGCCCCCGGCCCUUCUUCUCCUGGCAGCAGCCAGCAGCGGCCUGCGCUUCGUCCUGGCCUCCUUCGCCCUGGCCCUCCUGCUGCCUGUGUUCCUGGCUGUGGCCGCAGUGAAGCUAGGCCUGCGAGCCUGGUGGGGCUCCUUGCCUCCUCCCGGAGGCCUGGGGGGGCCCUGGGUGGCCGUGAGGGGCUCUGGCGAUGUGUGUGGAGUCCUGGCCCUGGCCCCUGGCACCAAUGCGGGGGAUGGAGCCCGGGUCACCCGCCUCUCUGUCUCACGCUGGCACCGCCGCAGGGGAGUGGGUAGGAGGCUCCUAGCCUUUGCUGAGUCUCGGGCUCGAGCCUGGGCAGGGGGCAUGGGGGAGCCCCGGGCCCGGCUUGUGGUCCCCGUGGCCGUGGCUGCCUGGGGGGUGGCAGGGCUGUUGGAGGGCUGUGGCUAUCAGGCCGAGGGGGGCUGGGGCUGCAUGGGCUACACACUGGUGAGGGAGUUCAGCAAAGACCUGUGACUGCAGACCUGGGGCAGGGGGACGCCAGCACUCAACGCUCCUGCUGUGCCCGGGCACUGUCACAUCCAUGCCUCGGUGACCCCAGCACACCUGUGCCCCAGCGAGGACUGCAGACCUAGACACCCACCCCUCCACCUGCCGCCAGCCUGCAGUGUCCAGUGUGGAACAAAUUCCUCUCCCCUUUGGCUCCGAGGGCUAUCAGAGGUCAACCUGUCAAGCCCCUGCCUCAGAUUCUGUCUGCACUGAGAAUCUCCCUGCUUUGUCUGCAGAGCUGUGCUGUCUGUGCUGCUGGCCCUGGGGGAGCUCUGGGGAGGGACGGAGCGGCCACAAGCUCGCCCUGAGCGAGCUAGGACUUGAGGCAGGGUGCCUGGGACAAGGCCUCCCUGGGAGCGGGUGGGGCUGGUGGGCACAGCUCCUGUGCGUCCUUCUGUCUGGUCCUUACAGUGUGUCAAUAAAGCCUGAGACUGCUGUGUGCGGCCUCGUCCUGA